AGAAAAACUGUUGUUGCUGAAGUUACUUUAAGUUCCUUAAUACUCUUGAUGUUAAUGUAAAUGGUGUAAUACAGCCCAGUGAUGAUAUAGGUAUUGCAUGUAAAAAUCACAUUAGUAAACCAAACACUUAUUAAGGCUGUAGUUGUGUAGCUAUACCGGUAAUUACAUGCAGUGGAUGUUUUGACAUGGUUGGCAAUAUCUCAAACACAAAUCAGUUUAACAUCAACUGUUAUCUUCUUCCAUAAUCGCGUUGAAUUAAUUUAGAUAUUUAUCUAAGGCUCCUAAAAAACUAUUUAGUUAUUUUUGAUGGAUAAAAUAUAUUUUUUACUCUUACUAAAUCCUGAAGUAAAAUAUUCAAGACAAUAUCAUUAAAUUAACUUUGAUCUACAUUCAUAGAAAAAUGAAACACAAAUAUAAAUAUAUACUGUAUACAUAUCGCUAAUGCCACAAAUGUUGUCUAGUGAUGAAUGUAGUGUUGUUGGUUAUAGGACUUUGUUGGCGUUGGUCUUGCAGAGGGUAGUUUCGGAUGUCUGUUGGACGGCAGUGUUUGUAGCAAUUUGGUUCAUUCGGUGGGGUUUGGAGUGUCUCCGGUACUUGACUGCUGGGAUUCCUGGGCCAUAUAGCACCAUGUAAUUAGCAGAGCAGUGAUGUGGAAGCAGUAUGUAUGCUCAAUAGAUUGGCCUGGGGGGCCUGAGUGACGCUGUCUAUCCUGUUGAAAGACUGCUUUUAUGUUGGACUAAAUGGAGACAAUAUGGGGAGGGCUUCGUUGUCCAAUUCAUUAGGGCGAUUACUCAGCCCACUGGCCACACUGGAGCCCUCUCAUUUCUGGCUGCUGAAUAGAAUGGCCGCGGAUGACCGGCACCUUCCCUCCAGCUGCGGGUCCUACAUCAAGACAGAGCCGUCCAGUCCCUCCUCAGUCAUCGACACGGUCAGCCACCACAGCCCCAGCGGCAACUCGGACGCCAGCGGCGGCUAUGUCAGCGCCAUGAACAGCCACUCCAACGGCCUGGACUCCCCACCCAUGUUCACGCCCGGCGGGCUGGGCGCCGCCGCCUGCCGCAAGCGCUACGACGACUGCUCCAGCGCCAUCAUGGAGGACUCGCCCAUUAAGUGCGAAUACAUGUUGAACUCCAUCCCCAAGAGGCUGUGCCUGGUCUGUGGAGAUAUAGCGUCUGGGUAUCACUAUGGCGUGGCCUCCUGUGAGGCCUGCAAAGCCUUCUUUAAAAGGACGAUACAAGGCAACAUUGAAUACAGCUGUCCUGCCACAAAUGAGUGUGAGAUCACAAAACGGAGACGCAAGUCAUGUCAAGCCUGUCGCUUUAUGAAGUGUCUCAAAGUGGGGAUGCUUAAAGAAGGUGUGCGUCUGGACCGCGUACGCGGGGGUAGACAGAAGUACAAGAGGAGGAUGGAUGCGGAGAACACAGCGUACCUCGGCCUCACUCUCCCCCCUCCUGCCAAAAAGCCCCUCACAAAGAUAGUGUCCCACCUGCUAGUGGCUGAACCGGAGAAGAUCUACGCCAUGCCCGACCCCACCAUGCCCGAGAGUGACAUCAAAGCCCUGACCACGCUGUGUGACCUGGCUGACCGUGAGCUGGUGGUCAUCAUUGGUUGGGCCAAGCAUAUCCCAGGCUUCUCCACGCUGUCGCUGGGUGACCAGAUGAGUCUACUGCAGAGUGCCUGGAUGGAGAUACUGAUCCUGAGCAUCGUGUUCCGCUCAUUGCCCUACGAGGACGAGCUGGUGUAUGCAGAGGACUACAUCAUGGACGAGGAACACUCGCGGCUCACCGGUCUGCUCGACCUCUACGUGUCAAUCCUGCAGCUGGUGCGCAAGUACAAGAAACUCAAGGUGGAGAAGGAGGAGUUCGUCACCCUCAAGGCCAUCGCUCUCGCCAACUCAGACUCCAUGCAUAUAGAGGACGUGGAGGCCGUGCAGAAGCUCCAGGACGCGCUCCACGAGGCCCUGCAGGACUACGAGAGCAGCCAGCACCAGGAGGACCCACGGCGGGCAGGCAAACUGCUGAUGACCCUGCCCCUGCUCCGUCAGACCGCAACCAAGGCCGUGCAGCACUUCUACAGCAUCAAGGUGCAGGGCAAGGUCCCCAUGCACAAACUCUUCCUGGAGAUGCUGGAGGCAAAGGUCUGAUGGAGGGGCAGAUGGGGACAGGGUGCUGCAGCCAGAGGGACAUGGACAGGACUCAGGACAGGAGACGGACACUGCUGACUGGAACGGGAGACACACUGACCUCUGUCGCUCUCCGCCUCCUCGGAUCCCAGACAUUUAAAAAAAAAAAAGAACAAAAUAAAGAACAAAUGCAAAACUUGGUUAUAAGUAUAAAUAUAAAAUUAUGCAGAUUAAUUUAAAAUAUAUAAGAAAUACUAUGUACAGUAAUAAUUUUGUUUUAUUUCUGGUCUGUGGUCAUUCUGUAUAUGAAGGAUCCCCGUCUCUCCAUAUCUUCAGAGGGAAUAACUGCAGCCUCUUAAUUAACAUGGUUUUAUUUCUAGUGAAAACCUACAACUGAGGUGUCCAUAUGUGUUUUGAUGACCACAGAUGUCAACCACUAGGCAAUGACUGACUUGUUAGACAGUUGUAUAUAUUUAUUAAUAAUGAAAGACUGUGUGUAUUCUGGUGAACUCAACGGCCAUGUUCUCCUUGGGGAAAAAAAGAAAAGAAAGAACAAAAACUGUUUGUUAAAUGUGAGCUCGAUUGAUCUAAAUGUCCUUGAAUAUACCUCUUCAGAGCAAUGAGCCUUGUGAUGUGGAUCUGUCUCAGACAGGAAGAAGACAAACUGGUCACAUGACAUGUUUAACCAAACUAGCUUAGGCAGAUAGUCAGUCUUAUUCUGUAGUAACUCAGCAAUAAUGAGAGCUGUGAUAAGGGCAGCCAUGUUAAACCUGGUUCAUCCUCUGCUUCACAAUGCUGUCUGUCUGUCAUCCACCAGUCUCCCCCAGCCAUGUGUGUUUGAGUGCGUGUCCUGGCGACGGACGCGCCACUCCUCUGUUUCACUGUAGUAUUUCUCCUCUGCUGAUGUUGCCGUGGAUGAUGUUCAACGUUUGCUCAUUGUUCAAGCCAAUGGAAGUUGCCUCUUGGCCGCGGAGUGAAUGACCUGAUUUGAGCAGGGUGAAAGUUGAUAAGUAGGUUUGGGCCGGGGGUAUCAAAGGGAGGAUUUGUGCCGGGUGGCAAAUGUCCAGAAGAUUCCGUAUUCAAACAAUCAGAGAGCCAUAUGUCAAAUGGUCUAUUUUGGGUCCUGUAAACCCGUGUCAGAGUCCUCCCACACACAGGGAGCAAGGUGCCCAGCAUCUGCUCUCACCCUUUUAGAAGCUGCCUGUCUUUUUAUAGCCGGGCUGCCUUUAUGGAUCUCCAUGUAAACUGCGCUGAAUGUCAGGUGCAGCGUUGGCCCUUCACACUGACUGCGGGUAUUUUUAACCCAGAAGAAGGUCGUUGCCGUAGCUACCUACCUGCUCUCUGCUGUGCCGCACCCCCCUAAACCACCCCAC